CUCGUGAGGUUAUCGUUGUCCACGUGACAUAGCUGCGUCUCAGCGUAGUGUUCACACACCUUCUUAUUUCUGUCUAUGGUCACACACUCACUGCAACCAUAGUUGACAGUAAAAGAAAGAGAGGACAUCUCUCAGAUCUCUCCGGUAUGUUGAUGGAUGAUUAUGGGGAUUUCGUGCGUCGCUUCACUGUUCCACUCUGGACGUUUACUGCAGCCUACUCUUUCUUGAGUGCCAUGGUCUGCAGCAAUACGGCCGAUGAAGAUCAGCCUCAGGUGAUCGGGGCGUCUCAGCCAGUCGUGGCCGUUCUGGGUUGUGAUGUCGUCCUGCCGUGUCACGUGGAGCCUUGUCUGGACGUGGAGGAGCUGACGGUGGAGUGGUGGAGGCCGGACGUCCCACCGGACCCUGAAGAUCCACAGAGCAACUACCGGUAUGUCCACUGUUACCAUGACAAACAGCACGAGGAGAACAUGAAGAAGCCAGCGUACGCCGGGAGGACGGAGAUGUUCACAGACGGCCUGAAACACGGAAACAUCUCGCUAAAGAUCAACAACGUGGAGCAGUCUGACCAAGGGAGAUACAGAUGCCAAAUACCACAGUUGGGGAGUGCCUCAGUUAUUAUGCUUCUUGUUGAACCAUGCUCCGUUACACCGACAGAUCCCGGAGAUCUCCAAACUCCAGAGCCAACCGAUGAGACGGAUGCUAAAGGUGGUCGACUCUAUCUGAGCGUACUGAUCCUGGGUCUGUUUGCCUGCGUCUUACUGAUCCCGGCUGUUGGAGUGGGGGGAUAUUUACUUCAUAGAAGGUAUCGAAAUCAAAACCAAAACUAAAACCAGCGCCCAAGACGAAUCACCGUCGAUGAGGAGCGACUUGGCAGCUAGCGGCGGGGUUUAGGUGUGUGACGGCUGCGACCGUUUGUUCAAAACAACAGUGUGAUGGACAGAUGGUUUAUGCAAUCACCUGCAAGGUCUUUAUUUAUAAGUGCCUGCCCUCUCCCAAACAGUUUACUACAACUGCUUCUGAGAUGGUUCUGUGUAACAGACACAUAUGUGCACUAUGUAGACACCUGUAGUCAAGACAAUGAGAGUAGAGGCAGAGAGUAGCAUUGUCUUGACAUAUAGGGCCUUGCUCACUUCCCAAAAUUGUACCUGCGCCCUCGAAAAUGCACAUCGAGGCGCAAGGAUAGAGCAUCGAGGAGGCUCCUCGGAGGAGAUAUAAUCAAGGAUACAACGAUGUAUCCUCUGCGGAAGUCUUUUCACCCCGUGUAAGGUAAAUCAUUAUAGAAAACACUCAUGCGUUAAUACAUCAUUUAAAAAGAGAUAGAAACGGAGCCUACAGGGACCGCCGAGAAACGUAGUGUAAAAUGUUGCUUGUGUGCCAAACAAUACCAAAUGCGUUUUUGUUUUUUCCUCAAUCUAAGCUUUACUUCCACAGCAAAAUACUGCAUAUUCUGUGACUCUGUCUGAUUGCUUGGCCUAUUAAACAAAUACGUAAAGGAAAAGAAAGACGAUCAACAGCUAAAUCAAUCUCAUAGUUGGUAACGUGCCACAGAACUUUCUGUUAUUCUCCAGUUUGACAGUCCGUUAUAACCGAAAAAGAACAUAAAUAAACUACUUUAACGUAGAUUUUCUUUAAGGCUUUAUUACGUGGUAUCUGAUCGGUGCAUAAACUCCAGUACAGCGUUUUAGGCGGCAUCGAUACCGAUACCGUAAAAAACGCCUGCUUCAUUUUCCAAAAGUUGCCACUCUCCUCUUUCUGACCCCGACCACCCCAACAUGGCUGACUCGUGAUUAAUAAUUUAUUUAUAUUGUGCCCCCCUGGUGGCGCUAGGGCUGCACGAUAUGAGGGAAAUAUGGGAUAUGCGAUAACGUUGUUGAAUAUCACGAUAACGAUAUUACUUGCGAUAAAUAAACAGAAAUUCAAGUGUAUUCACUUCUGCAUGUCUGCUGCUUUCAGUAUUCUGCUAAAAUACAACAAAUUGAUUGUUGAAUUUAAAACCGAUAAAAGGAAAUUAUUUCCAACACUCUUUUAUUAAACAAAUUGAAGAUUGAGUUAAAUAUAAAAGGCACCACUUAAAAAGUGAGUAAAAAUUAGUUUUCUACUGAUAUUUUCUUGUAACUAACACAGAAAAUCUCUGCGUGUCUAUAUGUCGCAGCCUUACGUGAUGUUUUGUUGCGCCAGUUGAUAUUGCGAUGACAAUGAAAAAACAAUAUAUUGUGCAGCCUUAGGUGGCGCUUCAUUAAAUAUACACCUUUCCACUCAUUGCCAGAAUGUUAGGGGAGACUACACGUUGUACACGGUAAAUGCCUAACAACCAAUUAAUCGAUCGUCGAUUAAUCAUUAGUAUCACUGAUACAAUCAUUUGUAGUAUUUUACACUAAAAUAGCCUCUAAAGGCUAUAGCCUACAUACUGUGUAUGUAGGCCAUAGGCUAUAGCCUACAUAUACUGUGUAUAUGUAGGCUAUUGGCUGGGGAUUGGGCAAGGGCCAUAAUGUGUCUGUCCUGCUCAAACUACUGCACUUUAAGUUGUUAAGAGUUGUUUCGGAUGUUUUCAUUUUAUUUAUUUUUUCAAAGUUACAACAAAGCACUUUUAGAAGUAGAAAUGUAGCUGGGACAGACAAUUUGCUUUAUUUGUCAAUCCUUGAAUCAUAUUUAAAAUGUACUUUAUAAUAUCACACAAUUUCGAACAAAUGGGAACCGGCUAUGGAUCAUGUUAAAUGGUGACAUCACAGAAACUUAAACAAUCUGUAAAGACGACUUUACCUUUUGAUAUUAUUGAACGUCUGUUACAUUCAAGCCAUUGCCAAAUGAGUUGCUACAAAGCUAGGGUGACCAGAUUUCCCGGAACUAAAACUGGGACACUUUGCACGUGACCAAAGCGCUCGUGCACGCACACGCUUUUUAACGCGAACAUGUGCCAGCCCAGGUUAGACAUAGACACAGACAGAUAUAGACACAAUUUUGCCAACAGCACACGUAAGCCUACUGCUCACAACAUAAUGAGGUAUCUCAGUUAAUAUUCAUGAAUGUUCUUGGUAUGUAGCCUACAUGUCUAAUAAAUAAUAUUAAAAGACAUUGCGUCAGUUUCGUGGGGGGACCAACUUUAGUUUUCAGAAUUAAAGCAUUCUUUUGGAAAAUGCACCCACUGAACUUGUGAAAAGGUAUUUUUCAAUGCAUGACACUAAACAAAUUAUUUGGAACUGUUGCCACAGGCUUGAACUAAAGUUAUGGUAACACUUUACAGGAAGGGUACAUGAAUUAUUAAUUAAUGCAUGAAUUAAUUCAUGAUUUGUGCAUUACUUGAUUCCUUUAUAUCUUAUGAAUCAUCAUUAUAGGGGUGCAACAGAGCACAAAACUCACAGUUAGAUCGGAUCAAGGUUAUGAGUCACAAAUCGGAUCAAUUUUCAGAUCAGCACAAAAAAAACAGGCUUUUGUUGGGACUCGGGACAAGCAAAUUCAAAUCGGGACUGUCCCGAUCAAACUGGGACGUCUGGUCACCCUAUUAAAAGCUAAUCAGCUCCGUACAACUCUCUCUGUAUUUCUCAGUAUGACUAUGUUCAGAAGAUUGUGGCAUCCGGUGACUUUCCUACGG